CAGAGGGCGAAGGAGGAGGCAAGCAGCGCCUGACUGGCACGCCACCAUGGCGCCAGUAGUGGCUGAGAAGAUUUUUGAGUUGCUGCAGGGGGUGCUGGAAUGGCUUGUUCGAAACGUCACUCUCUUGGUGCUGCGUGUCUGCUUUUGGCCCGAAAAGGUGGAAUUUGUCCGCCCGGUGGCCUUUCCUGCGCCCUGCGGCGGCUCCAGGGGCAAGAUGGCUCUUUACCACCACGUGUGCCACCACCCUGUACCAACCAGUGAGGGCCCUGCCAGGAUGGUGUCUGUGUGUGUGUGGUGUGUGCAGGUCAAGUCCAAGUCGGGCAGCACCUCCCCUCAGGAUGGCUCGUCCAGCAGCGGCUCCACAACGGACUCGCAGCGUGACAGCCCCAUUGCUAACGGUCCGGUCCUCGCCCACGCUCACGCGUGUCUGAAGAAGAGCCAGCUGAUGUUCCACAAGGGCCUCCUCCUCGAGACGCAGACGCUCUUCAUGGACCUGCGGGAAUACCUGUUUCGGCAGUGCCGGGGCAGCGAGGCGCGGCGAGUGUGGUCGUGGGUGACGAGGCAGCGGGCGUUUGUCAUGUGUGUGAGUCGCCUGAGGGAGCUGAGGGAGGCGAGCGAGAUGAUGGGCGAGGGGGGCGGGUGGACAGAGAUCCCGGCGGGCAGGAAGGGCAUCAAAGUCUACUACCGACAGGAGAACGACGAGGCCAGGUGGGGUGAGGCAGGCAAAGAGAAAGGAAGGUUGAGUUGUGUCACUGAUUGGUAUCAUUGUGUUGUGUUGUGUGUGGUGCCUGUGGUGUGUAUGGUUGGUGCGUUAGGUCUGUGACGGUUCGUGUGGGCGGCGUGGUGGACGUGAGCUACCUCCGUCUGCUGCACGUCGUCACGGAGCCGACCCUGGUGCCCAGCUGGAUGCCCAUGGUGUCCAAGGCCUCCCUGGUGCCCAUGAAGACCCCCAGAGGCAGCAGCACCCUCACGUGCGUCUACACGCUGCAAAUGAUCCCCAUCGUCCUCAGCCCACGAGAGUUCGUUGUCGAUUACUGCAACACCGUCGGUAAGGGCAACGCAUCAUUGACAACAUGCCUGUCUGACCAUGGCUGGAUGCUCUUGCGUUGCGCCCGUCUCUGUGUGUGUGUGUGUGUGUGUGUGUGUGUAGACGGUUCGGGCCGCAUCUGGGCGUGUAUGCACAGCGUCGACGAGUCGUCUCCCCCGCCCGACAUGGCCGGCAGAGUUGUGGCAGCCCCUCCCCGCGGCGUCAUCCGAGGCCACAUGCGCAAGAGCAUCUCUGUCGUCCAGCCCACCGCCGCAAACUCCACAUACCUCGAGGCCAUCUCAAAUGUCGACGUCAAAUUCGCACUCCCAAGUCAGCCGAUACAUAGCACACCACACCCUGCCAUGCAGUCUGCGAUGGACUCCCUCUCUUUGUGUGUGUGUGUGCAGCGUCCCUCCAGAUCUAUAUAUCCAAGAUCGCUGGUCUGCACGGCUUCCUCUCCCUUGCCAAGGCGGCAGGCUUCGCAGAGUCUGGCAGUGAGUUCGCUGACCGCAUGCCUGCCAAACUGCAGGCCGCCAAGGACAUCCAGGUGACAGAGACAGGCACAAUGCGACUGAAGGACACGUGACGAUUCGCUCACUCAGCUUGGCGUGUGUGUGUCAGCAUCGCAUCUCUCGGGCCAUGGCGUCUGGGGCCGCAAAAGGCGACGACAAGGGCCUGGCCAGCGCCCCGCUGGAGUUUCCUCUGCUCGAUCUCCUCGACAGAGGUGCGACACGACAAACACCAUUCACGCCUGCCACCUAUCUACAAUCUGUGUUGUGCGUGCUGUGUGUAUGCUCAGAGGUGAGCAUGGUCUCCUCGCUGAGCAGCGAUGCGAUUGAGUCAUCGCCCGGCUCCUCAGUGGCCACACAACAAGUCCGUGAGGCCGCCACCCCGCCGCACCAGGAGGCCAAGUGUGGCGCCCUGAGGGGCUUCGACAUGGCCUCGUGGGCGUCCAAGCUGCUGGCCGACUGGCAGGCGACGGUGAGGGGAUUGGGCGGGUGCAUGCCGUCUGUCGAGGCGGCCAGGAGGCGGCAGAUGGAGGAGCAGGCGCUGGAGCUGCUCACGGACCAACUAAAUUGAAGCAACGGUCCCACCGCUGUUUCAUGCCUUCAUGCCGUCAUGCCUUCGUUCGGUGCGUGCCUGGCUUUAUCACGAGUGAAUCAAUGGAUGGAUGGAUGGAUGGGUGUGUGUGUGGACGUUCGUGGGUCUGUGAGGGUAGUGAGUGUAUUUGUGUGUCCCUGUGUGUCUGUGUGCGUGUCUAUGCGAUGGCUGGAUGGCUGGUCAAGUGUUUGUGCAGUUUUAUCAUGUGUGCGUCCAUACGUCCACACGUCCUGUUGCGGCAGCAGGCAGGCAGGCAGGCAGCCGAGGGGGGAGGGCGAAAGAUAGCCCUCUGCGUGCCAAAUAUCUAUCUACAGCCGGGGCCGGGCCAGAGCCGUGGGACAUCAUUUACGUUUUUUGUGACGGAGGGGAUGGGGCGGGAUGGGGCGGUGUCCUGCAUGACACACGUGCAUCUGUGGUGUGUUUUUAUCUAAUUUGCACGGGAGGGUGGAGGGGAGGUGCAUGGCUGGAAGUUUCCCCUACCUAGUGAGUGUGCCGGUCGCUGUGGGGCAGGCAGCCUUUCUCAAGCCAGCAGGUAUUUCUGUCUGUCUGCGUGGGUGUGGUGUGUGGAGCUUUUAUUACAUGAUGUAACUAAGACCUUUGCAGGGACCUCCAAUGAACGCAGCGAGUGCACAG